CCAAUCAUCGUUGCGGCAAAGCGAAACGCGCGUUCCCCCUCCGUACUCACACUGUGUUUCACCUCUAAGCGACCAUCGCGAGAAUUCAUUUGAUGCGUGUGAUUACUUACCUCCCUCGGCCUCCGUGCAGGAUAGGUACAUACGUACAUGCAUACGCAACAAAAUACUUAUACACGCAGUUAUAGGUAGAUUUUUUCACCCCUAGCAGCACACGUCGCAUAGAAAGAAGGCAAAAAUGAAGAGAGAUCGCUCCGAAAACUCAGUUGAAAAUACAACCGACCCUAAGCACACCAAAAUCGACAACGAUGACCCCCUGAUACCGUUCAUGAAGGAUUUCGAAGACAUCCAAAAGGACAUCGAGCAACUCGACAUCAAAUGCGCGCACGAACAGAUGAACAUCCAGAAGCAGUACGACGAGAAGAAGAAGCCCCUGUUUGAAAAGCGAGACGAGAUUAUAGAGAAAGUCCCCGGGUUCUGGGCCAACACCCUGAGGAAGCACCCGGCCCUAAGCGACAUAGUGCCAGAAGACAUUGACAUUCUAAACUGCCUAGUGAAAUUAGAUCUGAAGGAUAAUAUGGAUAAUAAUGGCUCAUACAAAAUUACCUUCACCUUUAAUGAAAAGGCAAAGGAGUACAUGGAGCCUCUAACUCUCGUGAAGCACGUCACAUUUGAUAAUAACCAGGAGAAGGUCGUUGAGUGCACCCGCAUCAAAUGGAAGGAGGGAAAGAACCCCAUCGCAGCUGUGUCUAAUAAUAGAUCCGAUCUAGACAACGAAAUGCCCAAGUGGUCCAUUUUCGAAUGGUUCACCACGGAGGAGUUGCAAGAUAAGCCAGAUGUAGGCGAAUUAAUUAGAAGAGAAAUUUGGCAUAACCCACUGUCCUACUACCUAGGUUUGGAAGACUUUGACGACUUCGAUGAGGACUUUGAUGAAGAGUUUGAUGAUGACGAUGAGGAAGAUGAUGAUGAGGAUGAUGAUGAGGAUGAUGAAGAUGAGGAGGAGGAGGAGGAGGAUGAGGACGACGAGAAGGACGACGAUGACGAGAAGGACGACGACGACAUGGAUGGGGAUGACGACGGCAAGGAGGACGAGAACGACGACUAG